AUGCCUGAGACCACCACUCCCCAAGUCCCCGCCUCCUUCGGCGACAACAAGGGCAUCAAGUUCACCUUCAAGACUGGAAACGCCCGCUACCAGUGUGUCCUCCAGGACCGCUCUGCCUAUGAGCGCACCAAGGCUACCCGCCAGAACUCUUCUGACUCUGUCUCUUCCACCGACUCUACCCAGACUGAGAAGUCUUCUCACUAA